UCAUUCGUGUGAGUCACAUGGUUGAAACCAGGAAAUGGAGAAGAGGUAUCAAUCCACAGUCCCUUCCUUUAUCUUUACAGUAGAGCAGAAACAAGGCUUUUAGGCUUCAGUGAACUGACCAACAAGGAUGAUCAGAAACCGAGUGGAACAUGAGGUCUUCACAGUUCAGGACUGUCAAAAUGGAAUCUCUAUAGAUCUCUUCCUGCACCUGUCACUCAUACCAGCAGUGUUGAUCGUAGGAGUGCUCUCAUUCCUCCAGAAAAGAGUCCAGAGACUGGACAUCGACCGUAGACUGCCCUUCUUAGGGGGACGUUUUGCCAUUGUGGUGCCUUUGGAUACUAUAGGCAGCCUCAGUAACCGUUGGUCCUAUGGGUUUGCAUUUGGUGCCGUGUCCGGCAGCGUCCUGCUGCUCUUCUCUGAACGUUACAUCCCCUUCACGGUCCCACCCUGGGCCAGAGCUAUAGUGUACCUGGUCGGAGCUUUAGAAGUGGGCCUGGUGUAUUUCCCUUUCUUUGCUUGUCUGUCGACGUCUUUCAGAGCAGCUGGUGCUGUGCUGGGAAUACUCUACUCUCUGUCCUGGAUCAUCGUUACAGUCUGGGAUACAUUCACCUGUCCUGAUGGUAAGAUUUUGGGUCCACACCAGAAGAUAAUUGUCCAGUGGCCCUGCAUCCUCUCCCUCGUCUUCCUCUUGGGUCGAUUUGUGUACAUGCUGGUUAAAGCUAUUCGAAUACGUCUGCAACUGGAACAGGAGGACCCUGAGGAGCUGAAUGAGCUACACCAGGUGCAGCAUGUUAAGAGACUGCUGAGGAAAACUUCGCACAGUAAGCCACUCAGCUGGUUCCAGAGGCGAGUUUAUGAGUGGGACCCCUUCUUCAAGUUCCCCAACAGGAUCAUCGGCACAGUCAUUAUAUCUCUUAUAGGCCUAUACACAAUGACUCUAGCAGACUACAGUCUCAGUAAUGUGGCUUUUGACCAAAUAGACAAGUGGAAGAAUACGCUAAAAUACCUGGUUACCUCUUGUAACCAGACUGAAGCUCUGGGAGCCAUGAUACCACAGCUGGAGGAAUUCAUUGCCGUGGCAAGGAAGUCUUGGCUAACUACCACUAUCUUUGCAAGUCUCAACUCUGUUGCCUACACUUUCCAUGUAUUGGCAUGUUACAGGAAACACUUGAAGAGACUGUGGAGAGGACAGAGGGGUUUUAUUCCUGAAAAGUUUCACAACCCUAGUUCUGCUGUCAGUGUUGCUUCCAUUGCGAGAUACUCGGGAUGGCAAAUAACGUUUACACUGUGGGGUUAUCUGAUUGUUCAUUUUGUCCACUUCCUGUUUGCCCUGCUCUUGGUCUAUGGGCUGGUUCUUCCUGUACAGCAUGGAAAAGUACUUAGCAUGCUCACUAACCUGGGAAUUAUCAUUCUGACCAUCAGUUUAGUGAUCGGCCUGGUGAUUUUCCAGAUAGCUCUGGUUCAGAUCUUCUUCCUGCAGGACAAACUAUCUCCUACAGAUAAACAAAAGCCUCUGGCUCUCAACAACAGGAAGGCGUUCCACUGCUUCAACUACUUCUUCUUUUUCUACAACGUGGUGAUGGGGAUCAGCAACUGCAUCUUGAGGUUGCUCUGCAGCAUGGUUGUAGGAACAUGGCUGGUAUCCCGCAUAGACCGGACCAUCAUGCAGAGAGGAUAUGAAAACAUGGACGCCGGCUACAGCACUUGGAUUGGCAUGAUCUUUGCUGACCACUAUCAUAGCAAUCCAGUCAUGGUGUGUUUCUGCCAAUUGCUGAUCUCCAAUAAGCUGGAGAGACACACAGCAUCUACAUACUCCACAUUCAGCAACAUGCCAUCUGAACCCCUUGUGAAAAGCAAGGCCAGGAGGCGCUGGAUGUUGUGUCAUACUUUACUGAGAAACCCUCAUCUGAUUCUGCUCAGAAAGCACCACCUCUCCUCAUCUUCUUCAUUAGAGACAUCAUCCUCUCCCCAGUUAGUCAUAGCGGUGCAGGCGUGGGCCAUGGCCUCACGAACGCAGAGUUGCCAAGCAGCACCACAGUCACUACCAGAGAUCAUAGUCACACCAGCAGAGGACUGUUAAAUAAAACAUUUAAAUUAAUUGUGAUCUUGUUAAAAAAUAUGGUUUUGGAAUCCAAAAUUGUAUAUUUGCCCAUUAGUGUUGCAUCUCCAUGUUGUAAAGGGAGUACUGUGCUGUUUUCAAUUAGUCUUUGAGGGCAGAGGUUUGGCAAAGAGGUGGCAUUCAUCAUUAGUAAUUUUCUUAUGUGGGGUUUUAAUUCAAUGAAACUGUGAUACCACCGAUUGGUUAUAUGCAGUUUAAAGGGUUUAAUAAGUGUGUUGUCUACAAUACCUGAGCUUUUAUUUACUCUUGUCUCAAGAGUUCACAUGUCAGUUCAUGCCCUGCAAGCCUGCCAUUGAGUGGUUAGAACCAAAGUGUCUGCUGAAAAACCCUGAUUUUAGUCAAAUUUAAACUGUUGUUCUGUGUAUAGACAUAGUCAGAGUUAAAUGUGAACCUUUGUACAUAAUUGCAAUAAAGCAUGUAACAUUUA